AUGGAGAGUCAAAAGAGGCCUACCAGUUUUACCUUUGAGAUAGAUAACUUCUCGGAGAAGAAAGGUAUCAUACGAUCUCCAACAUUCUCAAGCGGCGGCUGCGAAUGGUAUGUUAGGGUUCAUCCCAAAGGAUGUAUUGUUGAUGAUCACUUGUCUCUUUACCUCUUUGUUGCGAAUACUGAAUCAUUACGACUUGGAUGGAAAAUACGAGCUAGUGUUUCCUUCGUUCUGUUGAAUCAAUCAGGCAAAGAGCUCUUCAAAACAGCGGAAUCACCGUGCAAAUUGUUCUGCUCUCAGGUCUCAGGAUGGGGUACGACAAAGGCCUUGCCUCUUAAAAAGCUUCAAGAAAAAGGGUUUUUGGAGAAGAACAAAUUGAUAGUUAAAGUGGAAGUAAAAGUAGUUGAAGUUGUUGAUGAAGGAGAUGUCACUGGGAAAGAGACGUUAGACAUCAGAGGUUUCCAAAUUCUUUAUUCUAAGGUUCUUUUGGUGGGUAGGCUUUUCACUGAACACCCGGACAUUGCUUUAAACUUGAGGUUAACGAACCAAUUCCUGAAGACAACGUACAUGAAUAUCGUCCUUGGUCUUAUCGAGACGUUGAACAAGCCUCCACAUGACAUCUCCGAGACAGAGCUAAGCAACGCUGGCAGCGAGUUGAACGAUCUAACAGAAGUAGGAUUCAAACUAGACUGGUUGAAGACAAAACUUGAUGAGGUUUCCUUGGAGAGGAAGAAAUCAAAUGUACAAGUCCAAGAACUCGAGGAACACAUCAAGAAUCUCACACUUGAUCUAAACAAAGAGAAGGGAAAAGCUGAUACUUCUGCUGCUGAAGUUCUCUCGUUGGAGAAGACGGUGUCGGAUCUUGAAUAUGAGCUGAACAAGGAGAAGCUCGAAUCUGAUUCAUCUGCUGCUAAAGUUCUCUUGUUGGAACAGACAGUGUUGGAUCUUAAAGAAGAGUUGUUCGAUCUUAAUGAAAAGCUGCAAAAAGAGAAGCAAGAAUCUUAUACUUAUGCUGCUAAAGCCAAUUCAUUGGAGCAGACAAUGUGGGAUCUUAAAUAUAAGGUGUUUGAUCUUAAAGAGGAGCUGCACAAAGAGACAAAAGAAUAUUAUACUUGUGCUGCUGAAGUUAUCUCAUUGGAGCAGACAGUGAUGAAUCUUAAAGAUGAGCUGAAAGAAGAGAAGGGCAAAUCAGAUACAUCUGCUGCUAAAGUUCUGUCGUUCGAACAGAUUGUGUCGGAAUAUGAAGAAGAGGUGUCGGAUCUCAAAGAUGAGCUGAACAAGGAGAAGGGCACAUCAGAUUCAUCUGCUGCUAAAGUUCUGUUGUUGGAACAGACGGUGUCCGAUCUUGAAGAUGAGCUGAACAAGGAGAAGGGCAAAUCAGAUACUUUUGAUGCUAAAGUUUUGUCGUUGGAACAGACUAUGUCGGAUCUUGAAGAUGUGUUGAACAAGGAGAUGAGCAAAUCAGAUACUUUCUCUGCUAAAGUUUUGUCGUUGGAGCAGACAGUGUUGAAUCUCAGAGCUGAGCUGAAGAACGAGAAGGCUGCUGUUUGCUCUUGGGAAGUAUUGGAUUACGAGGAUCUCCGUCAUGAAAAGUAG